AUGUCAACAAUAGCACCCCAACGCGACCCCUCCACAACCGGCCGCCGCAUCCCCCUCCUCAGCACACCCACCUCCUCCACGCGUCCCUCAACCGACCUCCCGCGCCCCCUCUCCCCCUCCCCAGCACCCAAACGCAACCGCGCAGCCCUCCGCUCCUACUACAACCUCCAAUCCUCCGCCGACACGCAAUCCGAAACCUCAUCCAUCCACUCCCCCCACGAGCCCUCAGAUUCCCCGUUAGACCGCGCGGAUUUCGACGGGGAAGCGUAUGUGCGAAAGGUGCUGGAGGAACAGAGUCUCGAAGAGGUGCUGAGGACGUAUAAUGGGGUGUUGAUGGAUAUUAGGGCGUUGGAUGCGGAGAGGAAGGCACUAGUGUAUGAUAAUUAUAGUAAGUUGAUUGCGGCGACGGAGACGAUCAGACGGAUGAGGGGGAGUGGGGUGGAGAUGGGCGGGUUGGAUAGGGAGGUUAGGGGGGUGUGGGAACGGGCGGGGGCGUUGAGGGGGGUUUGGGGGACAGGUGAAGGGGAUGGGGUUAAGGGGAGGAGGAGAGAGGUUGUUAGGAGGGUUUUGGAGACGCCGGAGAGGGUUAGGGUGUUGGUUGGGAGUGGGAGGGAGGAGGAGGGGAGGAAAUUGUGGGAGAGGACUAGGAGGGUGUUGGAGAGGUGGAGGGAGAGGGGGGUUGGUGGGGUGGAGGUUAGUGAGUGUAUUGAGGAUGGAGAGGCGGCUGUUAGGGGUGAGGGGCCGGGGGAGAGGAGUUGGGUUAAUGUGAGGAGGGAUGAGAGUUGA